UUUUGUUAGAAAGUUAACGAGUUCUCUUGCAGGCCAUUCGCAAGUCCACGGGACCCACCUGGGAAGAUCUGGCGGCGAAUUAGGAACCCGAGAGGUUUCGAUCUGGAUAGCCUGAGCCGUUUUGGAAGUUUGGGGAGAUGGAAUCGCCGGGAGAGUGGUUGGAGAAGGCCCUGUUUGAUCUGUGUCAGAAGAUUGAAACUGGUUUGGGGUUAGGCCUCGAUAAAGAUAUAAUUUCAGGCCUUGUUUCUUACUGCGACCUUGCUGAUCCUCGUGAUGCCAAAGAGUACCUUGAUAAUAUAAUCGGCCAAGAAGCAGGCAAAACCGUGAUUGAAGAAUACUUGCGACGGAGAGCUCAGUCAGAAUUCAGCAACAAGUCAGAUGUUCCUACCUCGAAUGCUCCUACCUCUAAGUUACAUACCUAUGUCAAACCGCCUUCAGUUGAAGCAUCUGCCAGUGGAACUAAAAAAUCAUUGAGAACACCAAAAGCAGUGGCAGUCUCCAGCCAUCAGGUGGAACCCAAGCAAGAUUUGGUUGCCAAAAAUCAGGAAAAUCAGAUUCCAAGUCUACGAAGUGAAUCAAAAACAUCAAAUAAGGGAAAUCAAGUGAAUUCUAAAAAGAAGAAAGCCGGGAAAGCUAUUUCACUUGCUGAGGCUGCAAAAGGGUCAAUUGUAUUUCAGCAGGGAAGACCAUGCUCAUGCCAAGCACGACGACACAGACUAGUCAGCAAUUGUUUAUCUUGUGGCAAGAUAGUUUGUGAACAGGAAGGAGAGGGACCUUGCCAUUUCUGUGGUUCCCUUGUGUUGAAAGAGGGGAGCACAUAUGCUGGUCUGGAAGAAGGUUUGCCUCCCUUGUCAGAAGCAGAAGCUGCUGCUGAAGCUUUUGCAAAGAGGCUUGUUGAUUAUGACCGAAACUCUGCAGCUCGAACAACAGUUUAUGAUGACCAAAGUGACUAUUAUGAGAUUGAUGGAAACAGUUGGCUAUCGAAGGAGGAAAAAGAACUUUUGAAGAAGAAACAAGAGGAGAUGGAGGAUGCAGAGCGAGCCAAACGCAGUAAAGUUGUUGUGACUUUUGAUCUAGUUGGCCGCAAGGUUCUUCUGAAUGAGGAUGAAGCUUCAGGAUUACAGUCUGAAAAUAGAAUACUGCGUCCGCUGGAUGAAAGGGAAGUGAACCGGAUCAAGCCAAACCCAAAUCUUAAGAUUCAACCAAUAUUUAUGGACCCGGGCUUAGGUAACAAGUCUGGCAAAGACAGACAACCAAAGAAAGGGUUGAGCAAGGGUCUAUGCCUGGAGAUCACAGGGAGGGUGCAGCAUGAUAGCAAUGACUUGAAGUAUUUUAUGAUGGAAAGCAAAUUGGCAGCAGAUUCAAAUGGCAACUCUUGACAGGUUCCUUCAGUGAAUGGUGGACUGUGCGCUGGAGAUGAUGGUUAGUGUUCACUGGAUCAUGAGUGUAGUAUAGCAUAGCAUUCAGCUUUUUGGGAUCUAAUUCUCUGGCACUACCUUUGCGUCUGAAAAUUGAAAAUAUGCUCUUGUUUUUCCAAAGAAGCAAAUGAAAUUGACAUUUUCAACCUCUUUCUUUUUCCCCA